GGACCGACACAUGUGCGAUGUUGUCUGAACACCUCAUUCACGCAUGACAAUACAGAACAGUACCGGGAAGUUAGAUGACAUCAUUAGAAAUGUCCUGGGAUCGCUUAGCAGCAAGGGGUGGAUAUUCCGAGGUAUUCAAGAGCUGGAUUUAACAGGACCCAUCACCUCUCCCACGCGCGUAUCCCUCCACCUCAGCCUUGACGGAUCUGCUUUCCCCCUGUCAGCGCUAUGAAUUCAAAAGAGGGGGGCGUAGUCGGCAAAACUAACAGGAGCUGCUCCACGCCGGAGGACACCUGCUGUGAUUCCUCGGAGCUCGAGUGCACCGUGUGCUUCUGCCCCUACGACAACGUCUUCAAGGCCCCCAAAGUCCUGAGCUGUCACCACACCUUUUGUCUGGAGUGCUUGGCCCGCAUCAACGUUUCCUCCGAGGAUAACGAGGCCCUGCUUUGCCCGUUAUGCCGCGAGGAAACCCAGUUGAAGACGGGGAAGGGGCUGCCAGACCUACCCAACAACCUGGAGCUGAUCGGCAAGCUGGCCCCGGAGAUGCAGGGCGCCAUCUCGGUGAGGUUCAACCGAAGCAAAGGCCGCCUGUGGGUAAAGAAGAAGCUGGACCCUGCCUCCCUGAUCAAGUCCAACAAGGUGGACAGCGUCAGCCUCUGUAUGGAUUUCGGCCACCCCCCUUCCAGUGUCAGGACCAGGGCCUCCAGGCUGUUCUGCUCCACCCAGUACUUCUGCCCAGUGCUUGUUGUGGUCGUGGUGACCAUGCUUCUCGUCCUGUCUGGGAUUCUUAUGUUCUUGGUGGUUCCCAGUUUCCUGUACCGCCAAAAUCAAACUGUCAUCCACUUUAAUAAUAUGACCAACAGAACCACUCCGACAAACAGCACUCGGAUUUAAUAGAAGGGAUUGCAGGAGUGUUUAAGGAGGUGCUAGCUGAUGGAAUGGUUCACUUCUCUUGCCAUGCAUUUCCAUGCGUUGCCUUACCCAUGUGCAGUUUGACACACACACACUGACACAAACACAUUCAGAUAGCCAUGCCGACAGACAGACACACACAAAGGAAGUUGACACUACACACAGUAACCUAAAAACUGAAAGCUGACAGUUUGGUUAUUUGGCCUUACAUUAAUAUCUCUUAGUUUUCCAACAGUAACACUGAUGAAGACACUAAUCAACACUUGUGCCUGUUUCACCCUGUUCUUUCUAGUUUAAACUGUGCAGAGUUCAUGAAAUUUGUUCUUUAAUUAGAAACUUGUUUUCUUCAUUUAAUUGUAUGGGGAGGUGGGGGGACGUUAACAUUUUCACUUUCAACCAGUGAUUCAAAAUUCUCUUUUUAUAUUUAUUUUCUGUGAACAUUAGUGUAUGGAUAAUCUUAUUCCAUUAAAGGUGAACCUCCUAAAGGAACUUACUAAUUUUUUGACGCUUAUAAAGCUAUUGUGCAGUCGAACCGGCAAACUUUUAGGGAUUUAACUUAAAAACCUGAGUUACAGCAAAUAAAGUUUCAGAAUGGCCUUAGAAAUAACCUUAUCCACAUUAUGACCCUAAGGGUGCAAUAACCACACUUCCAAGUGCUGCCCAAAGCUUUGCUACCCACCCUCGUUAAAAUAGAUUCCUCAAUGGUUUAGUUAUUUAAGUGCCCACCUGGAAUCGUGUGAUUUGUCACCACCUGCUGGACGUGAAAUGUAAUCACAACAGUCAGUAAUACACGUCUCCAGAUGUACAGACAAAAUUAGAGCCAUCCGUUUGAACAUAAAGUUAAACCGCAUGUAAAUAACUGAAUAUCUAGUGCUAUUUAAUGACAAUUUGAUAUGCAAAAUAAAAAAUAAAUAAAAUUUUAAAAAAAAGAGACAUAGGAUGGACCAACAACUACAAAUCUGUCCAGAAUUUGAUACUGUUAACUUGUGCUAGAUACUAAUAUUAAUUGUUUCAUGACAAUUGGAUCAGCAGUUGUAUACACAAAAUAUCCAUGUGACGCACACCCCACUGCCUAGAUCCCCAGAAUCAGAUUCUCUAACUUUAUGCUUAAUGUAAAUACCUGGUUUUAUGACAAAUGGAGAAGUGCUUCUCCAGAUCUGGAGAAAUGUGAAGUGACAUUGUAAAUGUGUAACCCCUGACUACUGUCUUCAAAACGCAACUAAAUACAGGCACAAAAACCCACGAAUCACCUGGCUUCACAGACCCCGAUUCGCACUGAUCUUAAGGACUGCUUUACCCAAGAGAAGUGCUACUCUGAAUCUGUGAAGUGUUAAUAAACAGAACAGAGCAGAGGCAGGACGGGUGUUGGGGCAAGGUUUUUUUUUUUUUCUGUUUUUAUUGUACAACAUCGUACACCCACAGCAGGCGAACACACAGAGCUGCU